AUGAACAAAUUAUCAAUUCUCUCUUCAAUUUUAAUUAUCAUUAUUUUAAUCAAUGUUUCUCAUGCUGGAAUUACAAGUGUAAUCCAAGAUGGAAAGAAAUUAACAAUUAAUUAUUCACCAAUGACAAUGAUUUGGUUUGAUAAUCAAUUGGUAAAUAGUGGAUUGAGAACUAAUAUCAAGUCAUACUGCAAGGCAUUGUAUGGAUGGUCUCCAUUGGUAUGCAAUUUACCAACUGUUCCAUCAUGUGAUAGUAUCCGUCUCUAUGGUUCUGCUGGUAUUGGUGCCACAAACCUUGAAAUGCUCUAUACUUUUAAUUGUACUGUCGUUGCUUAA